UUAAAAUGAGAAGUUGUAGAAAUAGGCGGAGUUUAUGACUGUGGUAAGUAGGGAAACCCGAUACCGAAGGACCCUGUUUGGCGCACGCGCACAUGACGCCCGUAUAAGACGUCAACUCCACUGACAAAGUCUGUAAUCGUUUUUUUUUUUUUUGGGGGGGGCGAAUGGCUUUGUUUUAAAACAAGUAAUGACUUAAAUCAUUUAUAGUUAUCAUCCAUAUUGAUAAAAGAACAGUUAAAAAAUGGACCAGGACUUUAAGGACAUGGAUUCAGAGGGCCGGUGGCAGAACUUAUACAUAGAAAUACGGAAUCAGUCCCAUGAAUGUCCUUUAAAAGUUGCUAAAUAUCCAGAAAAUCGCAACCGGAACAGAUACAGAGAUGUCAGUCCAUUUGAUCACAGCAGAGUUAAACUGGAGAACACAGAGAACGACUACAUCAACGCCAGCCUGGUGGUCAUGGAGGAGGCCCAGAGGAGCUACAUUUUAACUCAGGGUCCUCUGAGGAACACCUGUGGUCACUUCUGGUUGAUGAUCUGGGAACAGAAUACCAAGGCUGUCAUCAUGCUGAACAGAGUCAUAGAGAAGGGAUCAGAAAAGUGUGCUCAGUAUUGGCCAACGCAGGAUGAGCGUGAGAUGUCGUUCAGAGAUACACAUUUCCUGAUAACGCUGGUUUCAGAAGACGUCAAGUCCUACUACACAACCAGAGUGCUGGAGCUGCAAAAUGAUAAGACAGGGGAGAAGAGAGAGAUCUAUCACUUUCAUUACACCACCUGGCCUGACUUUGGUGUCCCAGAAUCGCCGGCGUCCUUCCUCAACUUCCUGUUCAAGGUGCGGGAGUCUGGCUCGUUGGGGGCGGACCACGGACCGGCGGUAGUGCACUGCAGCGCUGGAAUUGGCCGCUCAGGGACCCUCUCAUUGGUUGACACCUGUCUGGUCCUGAUGGACAAGAGGAAAGACCCAUCAUCUGUGGACAUCAAAGCUGUGCUGCUGGACAUGAGGAAGUACCGUAUGGGUCUGAUCCAGACUCCUGACCAGCUACGCUUCUCCUACAGGGCCGUCCUGGAGGGGGCCAAGUACAUCAUGGGGGACUGCUCUGUACAGAAAAUGUGGCGUGAGCUAUCUAAAGAGGACCAGGACCCAGUGUCUGAUUCUGAAUCCCUUCUUCCUACCCAGCCAACCUCCAAGUGUCCCCUGGAGAAAUACAAUGGCAGCCGGGUGUCCCUGGGGAAAGAGGGAGGGGACGCGGAGCUGGGGGAGAGAACGACGGGGACAGAGUCACCAUAUAAGGAACAGGAUGUGGACGAGAGCACAGCUAAUGCUCGCAAGAGACCGCGCGAUGAGAGGGUGUCUAACUGGACCCCCAAGAUCACAGACCCCAAGCAGACGAAGCCCAGCAUAACAGACUCUGAAAAGAAGAGAAAAAGGCCGAGAACCAGUGACCGCUAACUGACUCCACCGUGGCUCCAGCCUCCUCCUGAUCUGGCUGCUGAGAUGACAUUGACAAGAAUCCCCCCCACUAUAGCUCCCCUCCCUCUCUCUCUAUAUCCCCCUCCUUCCAAAUCCCCAUAUCUCCCUCUCUCUCUCUCUCCCUCUAUCCCCUUCCCUCUCUAUCCUCCCCUCUAAAACACCAGCUAUGACAGCCUCCGCUACCCCGUAGUGGAAUGGAGUCACAAUAAUGCAUCAGUUUGGUUGUUUUAUAGUUUUAGCCUCUUCUUACGUUGUCCAUUCUAUUUUGCUUUGCAUCCACGUUGAAAAGGCAGAGAUCUGAACUAGGCCUGCUAUGCAUUGCCAAUCUGUAAUGCUGUUCAUCUGUUUUCAGAGGGCAAAAUUAAAUGUUAUAUUUUUUAUAAGAAAUGACUUGAAAUGUCCUACCAUGUGUGAGGACAGGAGUUGUAAUGUUUCCAUGAUGUACAUACUGUACUUUUUAAGAAGUGGAAAAAUAUUUUUCAUUGUACAAAAAUGGAAACAGGCAUUGUAUUUGGUUUAAACAACAAACCAAAAUUUCAUGACCAGUUUAUUUUGAAUGAAAUUGUCAAGUAUACAAUUCCUUUAUGUAAAAGUGUAAUCUAAGAAUAAACUGGUUUUAUGUAGUUUCCUUAAAUGGUU